UCCAUCUUAAAUGAAAUAUACAUACAACUUAUUUUAUGUAUUAGGAUAUAGAGAAGAAAAAAAUAACAGCAUUCUUUUUAAUUUAUUUGAGUUUUUAUAUAAAAUUCUAAUAAGAAUCAAAUAAAAUAAUAUUGAAUACUAAUUAAAUAAAUCUUAAAAAUGGUGGUGAUUUAGAGUAGGCCACGUGUUAACAAUUUUGAGAGUAGGCAAAUAAGAUUGUGAAAAUAAACGGGGCCCGUUAGGCCCACCAAGCCCAUUAGGCCACACGAUCUCACCGCCAUGGCAGCUCGUUUCGCGAGGUCAAUCGGAGCUUUAUCGUCCUCCGCUACUCAUAGAUCGGCGGCCGGAAUUGAAGCCGUCAGUUAUGGCGUCUUCAAGCCACGAUUGGCAUCAUCGUCUUCUUCUCCAGAAAGUGAGUUUCCUAAAACUGAUAAUAAAAAAAUGACUGAUCGUCUCUCCGGUGUCAUCGACGUGGUUAACGAUCGUAAGCUUCCGCCUGAACUUCGAGGUCAACGUGACGCCGUUAGGUCGGAAACUGACAUUAUCAAUGUUGUUGAACAACGAAUAUGGCAUUCCAUGGAAGAAGGGCAAUUUGAGAACUUACCUGGGAAGGGAAAACCGUUAGACCUCAAUACUAAUCCUCAUGCUGAUCCAGCUGAAGAUACCUUGUAUAGGAUUCUCUCUAGAAAUAAAUGUGCACCUGAGUGGGUUGAAUUGAACAAAGAGAUAAGAGAUAGAGUCGUUGAGUGGAGAUCAGCACUUAAAAGGGCAUGGACGCACCAGGGCUCUGUCGAUGAUUCUAUAUGGAUCGAGGCAUCCGACUCUCUAAAGCUGCAGAUACGUGACAUCAAUAACAAGGUUUUCCGAUACAACCUUAUCGUCCCUUUUGGACGCCAAAUGCUCGGACUCAAGUGGGAGAAGGAAAUGGACCGACUGAAAGAAGAAAAUACAGGGAGCUGAACAUUUUCCAGGUCUCAUUGCAGGUGUAGUUUAUCACAUGAAAAUGGAAACUGUUGUAUGCGCGUGGGGGCAUGGGGGUGUUCCUUGUGUCCUUGCUUCUUGUUUUCGCCGUUCCUUGUCCAGUAUUUUGGUAAUUCUUGUUUUUCAGUCUGUUAAACAGUCAAUCUGGAGUCUUUGUUUUUAUACAAGUUAAAUCCAAGAUUAUUGUAUCGAAGACCCAAAUAUUUAUAAGUA